AGGCUCCGGGUGGGGCGGCGGGAGUCCCCGGGAACUUCCGGGCCAAGCCCGAGUCCCCAGGCCAGGGCGGCUCAGGGCGCGGGGCCCAGAGCGAAGGCCGGAGCCCAGGCAGGGCCACCGCCCAGCGACCGCCCACAGGGCACGCAGCCGCCCGGCCUUCUCCGCGGCUGUGCGGCGGGAAGGGGCUGGACUGCCGGGCAGAGAGCGAAUCAGCUUCCGUCUGCCCGCGCAGGGGCGGGGCAACACCUGAGUGACGUGGGUCCCCACCAGCCUGCGCCCUAGCCGGCCAGGGGCAGUCCCGUGGGCGGGGCUCCUGGGACACCCCGGAGAAGAGGCCUGCCCCGCCUGCCCUGAGGCUUCUAGAACCUUCCGGGCCUCCUGAGGCGUGAGUGGCCGAGGUGAGCGCGCUUUUCAGGUUCAAGUUCCUGCAGGAAACCAUGUUGUCCCUGGCCUUACUUCUCACCAUGAUGUUCCCCCUGGUGGAGAGCAACGUCACUACCUCCAGGGAACUGUGGGUGGAAACUAACAUCACUACCUCCAGGGAACCAUGGGUGGAUAGCAGCGUCACUACCUCCAGGGAACCAGGGCUGGAGAGCAAUGGCAGUAAUGCCAUUGAACGGUUUUGGAGAAAUGAUAUGAAAUGCUUUAACUGUCUGGAAAUAAACAACUUUAAUUGUGUAGGACGAACAACCUGCCCCGAUCACAUUAGGCGCUGCCUGACAGUGUCCAUGCGUUCAAGUUCCUGCAGGAAACCAUGUUGCCCCUGGCCUUACUUCUCACCAUGAUGUUCCCCCUGGUGGAGAGCAACGUCACUACCUCCAGGGAACUGUGGGUGGAAACUAACAUCACUACCUCCAGGGAACCAUGGGUGGAUAGCAGCGUCACUACCUCCAGGGAACCAUGGGUGGAGAGCAGCGUCACUACCUCCAGGGAACCAUGGGUGGAGAGCAGCGUCACUACCUCCAGGGAACCAGGGCUGGAGAGCAAUGUUAAUGUUUCCAGUGAACAGCGUUGGACCUAUUAUAUGAAGUGUUAUGAUUGUGAGUCCAUAAAUAACUUCAAUUGUGCCAACUUAAGAACCUGUCCCUAUGACAUCAGGCGCUGCAUGACAGUGUCUUUGCGUUUGAAUCCUCGUGAAAUGCUCAUUUACAAGAACUGUACGUACAAUUGCUCGUUUGUAUACACAGCUUUACAGCCUCCUGAAGCACCAAGAUUUAAACUUAUAACAAAUAGUUUCUAUUUUCUUCGAUGCUGUUCUGGCAUUAAUUGCAAUGAAGGAGGCCCCACGAACCUGGAGCGGGACAUGGAACCUGAAACCCCCAUUGAGGAGCCGCUCCCAGAGAGUGCAGUCCGACUGGGGGCCUCGCAGCUCUUCCUGAGCCUGGUCUCCAUCGUAGUCAGCAAUCUACUGACCCGAGAACCUCUCCUGGGAUGGUCGACCCUUCUUGCCUGUCCCUCAUAGCGAUUUUACUCUCCGUUUCCCUCUUAUGAGCCAGAGACUGAUCUGCUGGGCCCAGAUGGCUCAUGUCUGCUUUAUUUCAAGAGAGAAAUUAAAAGUAAUUAUUUACACAAAUGGUCAUGAACGUAGUUUGCUUGCACAUGCUCAGGAUCUGGCCCCAGCCCAUGUCUGCUCUUGUCUCCUGUACUGUGCCACCUACCGAGGAACUGCCUUGGAGUUUGAGUGUUUAAAGUGCUUUUUCUCCUUCACACACGGUGGCCUAAAGAUUCGCUGUGUGAAAACCUCUUGCUUUUCCGCUUACAGAGAUUGUUGUAGUCCACAGGGAAAAUGUCCAGGGGCAAGUCUGCCUGUUGGCUGGAAGAGCAGCCUCAGCCAUGUGCAGACUGUAGGCUCGAGCCCGCCUGCAGUGCUGGCCAUGGGUUCCAGUUGUUGGGUCAGGGAGAGACCCUGGUCCCCAGGGCCAGAUGGAAGGGGCCGCAGCAUGUUGCACCCUUGUAGGGGCCAGAUGGCUGUGCCGGCACAGAGUUGUCUCCACAUGGCCCCUGAGUUCACAUGGGCCAUAGACUUUCCCCAGACGUUAGCCUGUGAGACUGGUGAGGGUCUGUUUUGGAGGUCCACACUGUUCUGCAGAUAGACAGUGGUGAGGAUGCACAACACCAUGAAUGUACUGAAGUACACUGAAAUGGCCCCUUGGGAGGUUGGAGGUGGCCCUGAAGCCAUCUGCAACCUGACCUGAAUGCAAGGAGAGUUGGGGCUGCUGCCCCUCUCAUCGCAUCUCUGGUCAGUACCAGGAGAAUGAAGUGGAGGGAACAGAAAAUUCCAGACCCCCUGGGCUCACCUCCUCCUCUUCCUUCCUUCGUAAGUCAGUUAACCUGUUUGUGAAAGUAACAGGGAAGAAUUCACACAUCUUAAGUUCACCAUUGUAAUCAUAUUAGAGUGUAUUAUUGAGGUGACAUCCACAGGGAUGCGUAACCAUCACCACUGUCUAAUUCCAGAACAGUGCAGAUCCCAGAAGAACCCUGCAGCAAAUACACAGUGACUGCCCGUUCACCCUCCCCAGGCCUUGGCAGCCCCUGUAGGUCUCCGUCUGUGAAGGUGGGGUUGUCUGUGGUGGAUGCAUCAGACAGGCUUCUCCAGAGAGUCCCAGUGUGUGUGCGAAACAUCCAAGCUUAGAGUUGUGCACGGCAGAAUGACUUUCUGGUUGAUGUCGGCAUAGACCACUGUGGUUGUCCAGAUUAUAAAGCCACCGAGGAGCUCUUCUGGCCCGGUGAGCCCGUAGCCGUAGUCGACUGUAGGGCCACGUGUUACACACGGGCUCAGGUGAUGCUGGUGCAGAGAACUCUGCUGUGCAUGGAACCUUUUGCAGUGCGCAGUGCUCAGGUUGAUAAUGGUCCUAAGCACUGUCACAGGUGGACAAGCUGGCUGGA